UACGUGCAUAUAAACAAGCACAAUAUCUACGAGAUACACACAUUUGUGUUAUCUAUAAUAAACAUACAUUAGUAACGAAAGUAAUUUAUCAAUGUCGUCCAAGCAAGUCGUUCAGCUUCUGCCCUACUUUAGGGUCAAGAACGGCGGUUCCAUUACUGAUGAACAACGCGAGACCAUGGCCCAGUGCGUCGGGCGAGUAAAAGCAAAUGAAACGGAAUGCUUGUUUUACAGUUUCCAAGAGAAUGGUAAAGAGUUUUACUGCCAAGAGGGAUAUGAGAAUGCUGAUGCUCUCAAGAAACACAUGGCCAAUUGUGGAGAUCUUAUUGGAAAGCUAUUAGAAACCGCUGAUUUGUACAGGGUUGAGGUACAUGGCCCAAAGGAGGAACUCGUACAGCUGGAAGAUACAUUGAAGGAUCUCAAUCCCACUUAUUGGUAUCGAUCGGGACCUGCACACAUGAAGUAAUAUGGUACAAGAUGGAACGUGUCUUUUCGUAUGUUCUUGAGUGGGCUAAUGAAAACGCGUCUUCAUACAUUAUAUAUGAAGUAAUAGGGUGGGUAAGGAACGAGUUUCCUUGCUAGCUCAGGUGCAUGUCUACGUACAAAUAAGUAUUCAUAUAUCUGGGUCGCAUAUGUAUUCAACUAAUGAACGGAGGAAAAGAGUGCGAAUUUCGACUGCACGCGGUGAUACGUUGAAAAGUACGCAUCUGACACUGGCUGAUAGAUGCAGGUUCAAGAGAAGACUUUUUAAUGGAGUUGAUAUGUCGACUACUUGUAAGAAUAUGAGUUGUAUCUCGAGAGAUUGAAACAAUGAUCAAUACUUGUUUAAUAAAUAUUGUACUUUUAAGACCC